AUGUUCUCUGUUACCUCGCUCCCCCUCGUCCUCGUCUCUGCUCUAUCUGUUAGCGCCCUUACUUACGGCACAAAGCCUAUUGAUUAUGGAUAUGACGUCGAGAAAGUUAAAGAACAAGCGGUUGCCCUAGCUACGCACUCCUGGGAAUAUGGUACAGCAGCAGAAGCACUCCUUGAGUUCGAGAAUCCUGAAAUCUCGGUGUUUGGAUCUUCUCCCUUUCCGAUCCCUAGUAUUCCGCCCGCGGACGUGUCGGCGCUGGCAUAUGCGAAACAGCACAUAUAUCUCAACUCCUCGGUUCUUAUACCAGCUGAUGGUGCCGUGGGUGAUUCAGCGUCCCUGGGUGCGUUUGCGGUCCUCAUUGGGCGGACAGAUCCAGCGUAUAUGGAUGCUUCCGCGCGCGAGAUCAACUAUCUUCUCAACAUCGCACCCCGAUGGCCCAAUGGUGCAAUAAGCCACCGGGAAGAUGUCGCAGAGCUAUGGGCUGAUUUUGUCUAUAUGGCUCCUCCAUUUAUGGCAUACUACGCCGUGGCAACUAACAACGCUACUCUCCUCAAGGAGUCUGUUCGCCAGGCCAAGCUCUACAGGGAAGUUUUGGUGAAGCCAGAUGGACUCUGGACUCACAUCAUCGGCCCGCAGUCUGCCGAUAGUGGAUCGUGGUCUACCGGGAAUGGGUGGGCUGCUGCUGGGAUGGCCAGAGUGCUGGCCACGGUGAUGAAAGCACCCAUCUCGAAAGGGUGGACAAGUGAGAUUGCAGAGCUGAAGCAGGAGAUCAAAGAAAUAUUAGAUGCAGUAAUGACUGUAGGCUUGACUGAAAACGGGCUCCUAAGAAACUACCUUACAGACGCCACUUGGUUCGGCGAAGUGUCCGGUACCACAAUUCUCACAGCAGUUGCCUACCGCAUGCACGUCCUUGACAGCAAAACCUUUGGAAGCAAGUAUCGCAAAUGGGCCGAUGCCGGGCGGGCAACGAUCGCCACUUGUGUCGAUGCCAAUGGAAUAUUAGGACCCGCUAUCAAUCCGUUGUGGUGGGGUGAUAGAAACCCGGUGUAUACAGGUUCACCGGAGGGAAAUUCAUUUGCGGUCCUUCUGGCCGCUGCAUACAGAGAUUGUGUACAGAGCGGAAAGUGUUCUUAG